GCUAAAAUGGAGUAUGGAUUUUUUACAAUCUCUCUUUCCCUGCUUCAAUUACACUCUUAAAAAAUUCUGGUUGUAUUGCUGCCUGUACAAAAAAAGCGUCAAAGUAUAACCUCUAAUUUAAUAUAUGGAAAUAACAAGCAGCUAUCCUGCUGCAAGUAAAAGCUUAAUUCUUCAUCAGUUGUCUUGUAAUUUAUUCUGAAACAGAAGCAAGAAAGCUGACACUGCAGGCUACAGCAUGACAUGAAAUUCCUCUUUUAUUUUCAGAAUCAAAGAAUACCAAUAGAAGAAGAACAAAGGGAGAAGUUAACUAACAACAUGAAGCUACUCAUCUUCCUCACAGUAACCUUGGGUACACUUGUCACGGGACUAGAGUCUAUUUAUAGCUGGAAAUACUACAAGCUAUAUAAACGCAGAUCAGAACACAAGGAAUGCCUUUGUUUGAAUGGCGGAAGAUGCAUUAGCUAUUACCUCUUUAGUGGAAUUACUCGUUGCAUAUGUCCAGAUGGAUACACUGGGAUUCACUGUGAACUAGACACUGACAGCACAUGCUAUACUGAAAAUGGGGAGGACUACAGAGGGAUGGCAACAGAAGACAAAUGUUUGCCAUGGAACUUACCCUCACUAAUCAGGAGGGGUCAUUACCAUGCUUACUCAGAGAAUGCUUUGCAGCUUGGGCUGGGCAAACACAGCUACUGCAGAAACCCAAAUGGAAGGAGCAGACCUUGGUGUUACACCAAAAGGGGAUCUGCCAUUCAAGAAACACCUUGCAACAUAGAGAAGUGUGGGCCUACAUGUGGUCAAAGGAGCAUCAGCAAGAACUUCAAGAUUGUUGGUGGAAGGCAGGCAGAGGUUGAGUCUCAGCCUUGGAUAGCUGGCAUCUUCCAAACUGUGAGGGGCAUGGAUCACUUCCUGUGUGGGGGCAGCCUCAUUGACCCGUGCUGGGUGCUCACAGCAGCACACUGUUUCCACACUCCGUCAAGAAGACCAAUAAACAAAUCUAUCUACAAAGUGUUCCUUGGAAAGUCCAUGCUGAAUGUUACUGAUGAUAAAGAACAAGUAUUCAUAGUUGACGAGAUCAUCUCUCACCCUGACUUCACAGAUGACACAGGUGGCAAUGAGAAUGAUAUUGCUUUGGUAAGGAUAAAGACAACUUCUGGACAGUGUGCAGUAGAAUCCAAGUACGUCAGAACAGUCUGCUUGCCAGAGAGGAACCUUUACUUAAAAGAGAAUACUCACUGUGAAAUAGCUGGCUAUGGAAAACAAGAUUUUUAUGACAUCUUCUAUGCUCAAAGACUGAUGUCAGCCACUGUGAACUUAAUAUCACAGAGAAAAUGCAAAUAUGAAUACUACGACAAUAUUAGAGUUACUGACAACAUGAUCUGUGCUGGGGAUCCCGCAUGGCAGAUUGAUGCCUGCAAGGGAGAUUCCGGUGGCCCCAUGGUCUGUGAGCACAAUGGCAGGAUGAUGGUUUAUGGGAUUGUCAGCUGGGGAGAUGGCUGUGCAAAGGAAAACAAACCUGGUGUUUAUACCAGAGUUACUCAGUACCUUAACUGGAUUGAUACUAGCAUGAAUGGGCUAGCUGCCAAAAGUCGUUUUCUUCCUGAACCAAAGUGACUUAUUUUUGACAGCUGGACUGAAAUGAACAAAAUUAUGCCUAUACUGACACCAGGACAGUGAAGACCUGAAUGCCAUGAGCGGCUUUCAUUUUGAAUGCUUGUGUGGUCAGUCACAUCAGUGUUCCUGAAGCAUGAGGCAGAGAGAGGGUUGAUGUAUUAUCUUACUACUCUGAAAUACCUGGAAACCACUCAGUGGGAAGCUAAAAUAUUUAACAUUUAAAUGAGUAUUCCCAUGCAUGAUACUAUGCAUAGCAAGUUAGCUGUCUACUUCAUUUAUGAACCAGCAUUUUCUCUGGAAAUAUUGAUACAGUUUCAACUUACUUAAGUACUCAUUUUAUACCUGACCCGAGUCCAAAAUCUCCCCUCAUUGUACUGAAUAAUACUGUCUCAAGUCCCACAAACCUAGCCUGUUAAGACCAGUACUGAGAAUGUGAUCAGGCUUGGCAUCAAAAAGUUGGGGGCAAAAAAGUAGUAGCUGAGUCAGCAUUACAAACUCUUAAUGUAUUUCACUUAAGAACUGUGCUGCAAAAAGGCAAAUGGGAAACUUGCUGGACUUCCAGGUGACAUGUGAAGGUGUCUGUGUUCCCUGGAAAGUCUGAUUAUGUCUCUACAUGUACCUCUGCACCCUGGAGAAGAUUUAAGGACUUGGCAUUAGUUGAAUGCUGCAGCAUCAAAAGUCAGAAAUUUAUUUCGAUUCAUUUAACUGAUAUUAUAUGGAAGUUUUUUUUUUUUUCUAUAAGACUUAUUCUGGGUUUAUUUUUAAACUUAUUGUUUUGUAGAUUUGUAUUAUUUGUCUGAGGGCUGGAACCUCAAUCUUUAUUUAAAUUAUUUUUACUGUGUUUAACUUAUUGUUUGUAUUAUGGAUGUUAAAUAUCAUUAAAAAAACUUCUUCUUAUGU